AUGUUGCGGCGGUGUUGGAUUUUUUAUUGCCCUAUCCAGUACACCACCCUCUCUUCUACCGCCGGAAAGCUUAACGAAAUAUUGGAUUUGCGAGUGCAAAAGACGCCUGUGCAUAGUGAAGUUCUCAAACAGUUUAUUCGAACAGAGGUCAUGCCUCUUCUUGCCGGAACUUCUGUAGACAGGCGUCACGACAGUUCCGAAUUGCGUCGGUUUAUGGGUCAGCUGCUUCGUGACUCUGCCUUUGCAGCUGUUGUCUUACGUGCUCGCCCUGGUGGAGCCUACGUCAAUACCAUUGUGGACUGUAUUAAGCACGACCACGAACGCAUGCAGUUUAUUAACAAAAUGACAUCCAAUCAAGCUAGUCGUAUCAUUGAACACUUAUGUCGUGUUGGUGUUAAUGAUUCAGCCGUGUAUGCCCCAUUGGCUGCUCGUUUAGACUUUUGUGUACUCAAAGAGGUGGGACGGGCAAUGUUUUCGUUGGCAGAAGAGAGAAUGCACCAGGAAGUGGUAUCAUUCAUCGUGCCCCUAUAUUGUGGAGAGACAUGGGAACUUACCUUUGAUGGAGGUGUGGGAUACACAAAUCAAUGGAACAAAAAUUGCAACGUUUUUGACGCCGUGCGUGUAUUACGUGUGUUAUCUAAAUCCGUUCGAGGCGUGGUAGAGCAGCAGCGUUUUGACGCGGCAAAGGGUACAAUUUACCCUCUCCCAGUAGAGAGCAUUCAUCAGUUAAGAACCAAUUUGACGGUGUUUAUUAUUCAGAACAGUGAAAUUCUCCGUGGGGGCCAUUGGAUCAACUUCACUCGCGCCAUGGUGCACUUCCCCACGGAGUUUAAGACAAUGAAGUAUCUAGAACGACAUCCUUCAGUGCUGCAGGCUGUAGAUUCGCAGAAUCUCCCCCGUCGGGCAUCGAGACUGGGGUUGUCGGAGACCGUAGAUACGGAUGACAUGGCAGCACUAGGAUUACAUUACGUCUUUGCACCUGUUGAACAACAAGAAAAGGUAAAGAAAAAAAAGCUUCAGCAGCCCACCGCAGAUGGCAGUGAAAAGGAAAACGAGGGUCGCUUUGACGUCCCAUCCAUUGAUCUCACGAAGCUCCUUCCCAUCAUAGAAGAUGUACCUCUUCCGAAGGCCGUUCAGCAACGCCGUCUCCAACUUGUCAUGCGGGCAAUUAUGAAUGACAUGGAUACGCUUCAUUUUACCGAUCUUGUGCGGUUUAUUCAGGCCCUUCGUCGAAUGGAAGGUUCUUCCGAGUUUUCGUCGUCGUUGAACGCUGCAAUUUCGGCCGUCAGUCGAAUUCUCGACAAUGGCUCAAAAAACACCACUGUAUACAUUCCGUAUGAUCGUCUUGUGAAUUUGGCAAACCUUCUCACCGCUUUUCGUUUGAAGAGCUGUAAGGGUUUUGUAAAUUACCUUUUUUGCUUUCUCCCCACGGUGGACUCCGUGACUGUGGAUGAGGCUACUUCGUUAAUGAACGCUUUGGCUGCUGUUGCUGAAUUGGAUGGAGUGGAACGUUGUGUUCGUGUUGGAGAACAAAUUUUGGAUAAGGUGGGGCACAAUUUUGAUGGCGUCACUCUCCCUUUGGUUUUAUCUCAUCCUCUACAGUGUGCAAAGCUUUUACGUGCUACCGUGCUUUUAGGCGCGGCACCAUCAUCUGAUGCUAUAAAGCGCAUAUUUGGUGACACGAAUGAAGGGUUAAAAGUGUCGUCAAACCUUCGGGAGGCUGGCGCUUCGGUACUUUUUGAUGUGGCCCGUUCACUCUAUCACUUUUCACGCUUGAAAACAACAGAGACCAGUUGGGCGGAAACCGUGUGGUCAAAAGGCAUAGUGGGUGCUUUGAUCCCGCUCUUAACGCAGCUAACAUCUGAAUUUCAUCAGGAAGUUCUCUCCUCUAGGGAAAACGGCCGAAGUUCCACCUCAUACAUUCCUCUCGCGUGGCGCAGCUCAAUGGAGGCAGUGUUUCCGUGGGUGGAUGUGAAUCUGGACACAGUUUCUUUGACGACGAUGCAGCAACGCAUUGAAGAGGUAUAUCCGUUUUUACGCCAAAUUGCGAUGAUGGCUGUAUGUAUUGCAGAGGCGCAACGAAAGUCUCUUGCGAAAAAAAAUCCUGUGGCUGAGCCGCUUGUUUUCUCGUCCAAUGCAGUUGUUCACAUGCUGUUCUUUCUGUUAAUGUUUGAGCAUAUAUUGUAUCACGGUACAUGGCAGGCGGAGAUAGACAGCGGUGCGGCGUCCGCGAAUGGUGUAAAAGAAAAGAUGCAGAAAAUGAAGGAGGACUAUAUCACAAUUCUCUCGACUACGGUGUGCAAGGAUGAGGAAGGAAACGGAGUGACAGCCCUUUCGCUAAUUGACCAUUUAUUCUCGCCUGAGAGCGGGCGCGACCAGUCGCACUCCGUGCUAGACCGCAGCAGUAUUCUUGAGAUCACCACAAAUCUUCCAUUUUCCGUCUCACUUGUGGUGAGUCAAGGGCCCAUUAAUGAAUUGUUCUGUGAGCGGGCUGUGGCGGCCGUAAUUAGCGUUAAUGAUUGA